GGAGCCCGCGCCGCCCACACGCGGGUCUAUGGGAAGUUCGGGGACUUGACAGCCGCCGCCCGCCGCCACCGCAGGUGUCCCUCCUGGAAGGGAGCUGAAGGAAUGAGAAGCCGGCAUGGAGGCCCAGUCCCACAGCUCCGCCACCACUGAGAAGAGGAAAGCUGAAAAUUCUACUGUGAAAUGCGCCGCCCGAGCAGAGGUCAGCGAGAAAGCCGUGGCCUCCAGCACGACUUCGAAUGAGGAUGAAAGUCCUAGCCAGGUCUAUCACCGUGAGAGACGAAACGCAAUCACCACGCAGCCUCAGAGCGGGCAGGGGCUUAACAAGAUCAGUGAGGAGCCCUCCACGUCCAGCGAUGAGAGGGCCUCGCUGAUCAAGAAGGAGAUCCAUGGGUCCCUACCACACCUGGCGGAACCCUCAGUCCCUUACCGCGGCACCGUGUUCGCUAUGGACCCCAGAAAUGGCUACAUGGAGCCUCACUACCACCCUCCUCAUCUCUUCCCUGCCUUCCAUCCUCCUGUACCAAUUGAUGCCAGACAUCAUGAGGGCCGCUACCAUUAUGAUCCUUCUCCUAUUCCUCCAUUGCAUGUGCCUUCUGCCUUAUCUAGUAGCCCGACGUAUUCAGACUUGCCUUUCAUCAGGAUCUCUCCACACCGCAACCCUGCUGCAACUUCGGAGUCCCCCUUCAGUCCCCCGCACCCCUACAUCAAUCCAUACAUGGAUUACAUCCGCUCCUUGCACAGCAGCCCGUCCUUGUCCAUGAUCUCAGCAGCCCGAGGCCUGAGCCCUACAGAUGCCCCGCACUCUGGAGUCAGCCCCGCCGAGUACUAUCACCAGAUGGCCUUGCUGACAGGCCAGCGCAGCCCCUAUGCAGACAUCCUCCCCUCGGCUGCCACCGCGGGCGCAGGCGCGAUCCACAUGGAGUAUCUUCAUGCUAUGGACAGCACCAGGUUCCCCAGCCCCAGGCUCUCAGCCAGGCCGAGCAGAAAACGCACCCUGUCCAUCUCGCCUCUGUCUGAUCAUAGCUUUGACCUUCAGACUAUGAUAAGGACAUCUCCCAACUCCUUGGUCACGAUUCUCAAUAAUUCUCGUAGCAGCUCUUCAGCAAGUGGCUCCUAUGGUCACUUAUCUGCAAGUGCAAUCAGCCCUGCUCUGGGCUUCACCUACCCCUCUGCGCCCGUCUCUCUCCAUAUGCAUCAACAGAUCCUAAGCCGGCAGCAAAGCUUAGGCUCCGCCUUUGGACACAGCCCUCCGCUCAUCCACCCGGCCCCAACUUUUCCUACCCAGAGGCCUAUUCCAGGGAUCCCCGCGGUUCUGAACCCCGUCCAGGUCAGCUCGGGCCCCUCCGAGUCGUCACAGCAGAACAAGCCCACGAGUGAGUCUGCAGUGAGCAGCACUGGGGACCCAAUGCACAACAAGCGGUCCAAGAUCAAGCCGGAUGAAGACCUCCCGAGCCCAGGGGCUCGGGGCCAGCAGGAACAGCCGGAAGGAACAACCCUGGUCAAGGAGGAAGGGGACAAAGACGAAAGCAAGCAGGAGCCUGAAGUCAUCUAUGAGACAAACUGCCGCUGGGAAGGCUGCACGAGAGAGUUCGACACCCAGGAUCAGCUUGUGCACCAUAUCAAUAAUGACCACAUCCACGGAGAGAAGAAGGAGUUUGUGUGCCGAUGGCUGGACUGCUCACGGGAGCAGAAACCGUUCAAAGCCCAGUACAUGCUGGUGGUGCACAUGCGAAGACACACUGGCGAGAAGCCUCAUAAAUGCACCUUUGAAGGUUGCACGAAGGCGUACUCGAGGCUGGAAAACCUGAAGACGCACUUGAGGUCUCACACUGGCGAGAAGCCGUACGUCUGCGAACACGAAGGGUGCAACAAAGCUUUCUCCAACGCCUCCGACCGCGCCAAGCACCAAAACCGAACGCACUCCAAUGAGAAACCGUAUGUGUGCAAAAUCCCAGGCUGCACCAAGCGUUAUACAGACCCCAGCUCCCUCCGGAAACACGUGAAGACUGUGCAUGGCCCCGAGGCUCACGUCACCAAGAAGCAGCGUGGGGAUAUGCACCCUCGGCCCCCACCCCCAAGAGAUUCUGGCAGCCAUUCACAGUCCAGGUCCCCCGGCCGGCCAACUCAGGGAGCCCUUGGGGAGCAGAAGGAGCUGAGCAACACUACCUCAAAGCGAGAAGAACGCCUCCAGGUGAAGCCGGUCAAGGCUGAGAAGCCCAUGCAGACAUCUCAGCCAAGCCCUGGUGGCCAGUCUUCAUGCAGCAGCCAACAGUCCCCCAUCAGCGACUAUUCCAACAGUGCGCUCGAGCUUCCUAUGACCGACGGAGGGAGUGUAGCAGACCUCAGCGCCAUUGACGAGACCCCGAUCAUGGACUCGACCAUUUCCACAGCCACCACAGCCCUUGCUUUGCAAGCCAGGAGGAACCCAGCAGGGACCAAAUGGAUGGAGCACAUCAAACUAGAAAGGCUAAAACAAGUGAAUGGAAUGUUUCCACGACUGAACCCCAUUCUACCCUCCAAAGCCCCUGCGGUCUCUCCUCUCAUAGGAAAUGGCACACAGUCCAGUAAUGGCGGUGGUUCCGGUCCGGGCGGGCCCGGGACGCUGCUCCCGAGCCGCGGCGACCUGGCCGGGGCGGAGCUCACCGUGCUGAACGCGCUCGGCCGGCGGGACAGCAGCAGCAGCACCAUCAGCUCGGCCUACCUGAGCAGCCGCCGCUCCUCCGGCAUCUCGCCCUGCUUCUCCAGCCGCAGGUCCAGCGAGGCGUCCCAGGCCGAGGGCCGGCCGCAGAACGUGAGCGUGGCCGACUCCUACGACCCCAUCUCCACGGACGCCUCGCGCAGGUCCAGCGAGGCCAGCCAGGGGGACGGUCUGCCCAGCCUGCUCAGCCUCACACCCGCGCAGCAGUACCGCCUCAAGGCCAAGUACGCCGCGGCCACCGGCGGCCCUCCGCCCACGCCCCUGCCCCACAUGGAGAGGCUGAGCCUAAAGACGAGGAUGGCCCUGCUUGGGGACGGCAGGGAGUCGGGGGUCACCCUGCCUCCUGUGCCCCCUCCUCGGAGAUGCAGUGACGGGGGAGGCCACGGUUAUGGCCGUCGCCACCUGCUGCCUCACGAUGCACUGGGGAACAGUGUGCGGAGGGCCAGCGACCCCGUGAGGACAGCCUCAGAGACCCUGUCACUUCCCAGAGUUCAGCGGUUCAGCAGUCUCAACAGCUUCGGUCCCCCAGGUCCGCCUGCACCGGCCGAAAAGCGCAACUUAGUGCUACAGAAUUUCACCCGUCUGGAAAGCAGCCAGCCACGGCCCUUCCACGCGUCCCCCUGUCCUCCCAGCAUCGCAGAGAAUGUCACCCUGGAGUCCCUGACCAUGGACGCUGAUGCCAACCUGAAUGAUGAGGACUUCUUGCCUGACGACGUGGUGCAGUAUUUAAACUCCCAGAACCCAGCCGGUUAUGGACAGCACCUGCAGGGUGUCAUCGCCGAGGACGGCAAAGUCCCCCACGGACCUGGGGACCUGGACCUGGCCGGGCUGCCGGAGAGUCACGUGGACCAGCAGUUCCGGUCUCUGGAGCAGCCUUCCUCCGAAGGCAGCAAACCCGACCUGCCUAUUCAGUGGAAUGAAGUCAGCUCCGGGAGCUCCGACCCGUCGCCCUCCAAGCUGAAAUGUGGCCAGCGGCCCAGCCUGCAGCCGGCUCGGGCCUUCGGGCUGUGCAACAGUGUGGCUGCACACCCGCAGCACCCUUGGAGGGCUGGGGCUGGCCCCGCUGGGACAUAUCAGGUCCUUGGGGAGGAUGGCAGUGCCUACGGUGGCACCGAGCACUUGGCGGUCCACGGUGGGGGUGGAUCUGGCCCGGGUAGAAACACCUUCCAUGAGCAACCCUACCAGGCCCAGCAGUAUGCAAAUGGUGUCAGCAGACAGCCAGUGGACCAGAGCGCACUAGGAAGCGCCUGUGGUGCUGGGGUUCACGGCUCCAAGCUGAAAAGCACUGCUGUGCAAGGGAAUGGGGGUCUGAUGGAGUUUGGCCUGUCAGUGGCACCGAAUGAGCUAGUUGGCAGCUCAGUGAGUGGCGUGCAGACCCAAGACCCAGGGGGGCAGGGGUACCUCGCUCACCAGCUACUCAGCGACAGCACACAGUACCCGGGGGCUGGCCGCCCAGGUCAGCAGAUGCUAGGGCAGGUCAGCGCUACCUCACAUACCAACACCUACCAAGGGACAGAGAGCUGUCUGCCAGGGAUUCAGGGCACCGGCAACCAGCCCUGCGGCCUGGCAGCUCUCAGGGGCUACCAGGGCUGUGCCGGCUACGGGGUCAGUAGGCAGCAGGCCCUGCUGAGGGGCGGUCUUGCUGUCCAGCAAAGACAGCUCAGUGACAUGAGUCAGUCGUGCAGGGUGAACGGCAUUAAGAUGGAGACGCCAGGGCAGCCUCAGCAGCUGUGCUCCGGCCUGCAGAAUUACUCCUCCGGUCAGUUCUAUGACCAAACCGCGGGUUUCACUCAGCAAGACAUGAAAGCGAAUUCGUUCUCCGUUUCAGAUGCCAAUUGCCUGCUCCAGGGGACUGGCGCCGAAAACUCCGAGUUACUUUCCCCAGGGGCUAACCAAGUGACGAGCACGGUUGACAGCCUUGACAGCCAUGACCUAGAAGGUGUGCAGAUUGACUUUGAUGCCAUCAUAGACGACGGGGAACAUGCCAGCCUGAUGUCAGGGGCCUUGAGCCCAAGCCUCGUUCAGAACCUUUCCCACAGCUCCUCCCGCCUCACCACACCACGAGCGUCCCUCCCGCUCCCAGCCCUGUCCCUGACCGCCACCAACAUGGCUAUCGGGGACAUGAGCUCCCUGCUGACCUCCCUCGCGGAAGAAAGCAAAUUCCUGGCAGUCAUGCAGUAGGUGUUAGGCAAGGACUGUAAACAGACACAAAACCUUAGGAAUUGGAAGAUUGAACUGACUGUUUUUGGUGUUUUGUCUUUU